AUGUCUAAAAACGCAGCAGGUCUUGAGAACACACUGUUCCAACUUCGGUUCACCUCCAAACAAUUGAAGAAACAGUCCCAGAGGGCUCACAAAGAGGAGCAGCAGGAGACAAAUAAACUUAAAAAGAUACUGAAUGAGAAUGACGAGAUAGCCAGGAUAUAUGCGUCAAAUGCGAUCAGAAAGAAGAAUGAGAGACUACAACUGCUGAAGCUGGCAUCCAGGGUAGACUCGGUGGCUUCCAGAGUUCAAACAGCCGUCACUAUGAGGAAUGUCUCGUCGUCCAUGGCAUCCGUUUGUAAAGGGAUGGAUAGGGCGCUCGCUGGCAUGAAUUUGCAACAGAUAACCAUGAUCAUGGACAAGUUUGAAACGCAGUUCGAGGACUUGGACACAAGUGUGAAUGUCUACGAGAAUAUGGGCGUAUCCUCUGACGCAAUGAUGGUAGAUAACGACAAAGUAGAUGAAUUAAUGGGCAAAGUGGCCGAUGAGAAUGGUCUCGAGUUGAAGCAGACCGCCAAUGUGGAUGCCCUUCCAGAUGUCAAAAAUAAGGUCGGGAAUAUUGACACUGAGAAGGAGGACCGACUGGCUGAAAAGUUGAGAGCGUUGCGCGGAUGA